CGUUGAUGGUAUUAUUAUCCCCGUAUCUUAGUGAGAUUAAGCGUUGCACUAACAUCCAAUUCAGUGGGGGGUUAUUGAGACUAGCUGCUAGAAUAGUUGAAAUUUGUACAGCGCGCAGAACAGGUGCGCUUCUGAUAACUGGUGACCACCCGUGAAGUAAACUGAGGAAAAUGUGUUGCAACUGUUCAAACUUAGGCAAGAAGAUUUGGGCCUUCGUAGGCGUACUAAUCAUUUUUGCACUGGCCGCUUUCUUCGGAUUUGCUCUACCGGCAAUAGUGAAUGCAGUUGCGCGUCUAGAAUUCGUAAUGAAACCGGGCACUCAGGUAUACGAUAACUGGUUGAACGGCGAGGUUCCCAUGUACUUCGACAUUUAUUGCUGGGAUUGGACGAACUCAGACGAGGCUACGAACGACAGUGUGCGGCCCAAUUUUGUCCAACGAGGGCCGUACGUUUUCUUAGAAGUACACGAGAGGCAUUUUAUAGAAACCAACCCGGAUCACACAAUAACGUUCCAGCAGAAUCGAACGUGGACUUAUAUUCCGGAACAGUCAAAUGGAGACUUUUACACCGACACUGUAACUACUCCUCACACGAUGCUUAUGACUGUUGGAGCACUAGCUGAAGACGAACCAUUUUUAAGAGCCAUUCUAGAUGGGAUGAUUGAUGCUAAUAAUCUGGCUGAUGGAUAUACCUAUAAGAAUGUUAAGGUUCAGGACAUUUUAUUCGACGGGGCUAAGGAUCCGCUUCUUGAGGCAUUACAAACACUUCUAGGCGCGUUUCCUGAAUUAGUAGAAGGUGUCGAGGUACCUCCCUGGGAUGGUUUCGCAUAUUUGGCAGAGCGAAACAACAGCGUUGAUUAUGAUGGCGUUUUUCGGAUGGGCACCGGUACAGAUUCGUGGACCAACACUGGGCUAAUGAGAUCAUGGAAUGGAGAUACAACGGUUCCGUACUACCGCGGUGAUUGUGCUAAAGUUCAUGGUUCAACUGGUCAAGUAAAUCCUCCGAUGACCCAAGCACAGAUUGACAACCCAGAAGAUUUCUUACUAUUCAUAACCGAUAUAUGCAGUGCGAUACGGUUGAAGUAUGAUGGAGAAUUCGAGCACGGUGGAAUUGUGGGUGGAGUUUGGAUAGGCGACGAUAGUAUCUUUGAUAAUGGACACAAUUAUCCAGAGACCGAAUGCCAGUGUACAGCCGCAAAGGAAGAAUGUCCUGUGCUUAAACCGGGGUUAUUAGAUGUAUCUGGCUGCAACUUUGGUGCCCCAUUGGUAGUCAGUUUUCCACACUUUUAUCUAGCAGACCCUAGUUAUUUGGACAGUGUCACUGGUCUGAGUCCGUUACGGGAACUACAUGAGUUCCGCUAUGCGCUACAUCCGUUUUCUGGAAUUCCGUUGACAGUAAAUGGAAGAUUGCAGUAUAACGUUCAUGUAAGAGAUUAUGGACUGAAGUUGACUAAGGGUUUACCCGAUCUGAUUGCGCCCACACUCUGGUUUGAACAAAGAGUUGUUUUGCCGGAAGAUAAAAUCGAUGACUUGAAGCUCAUUUACACAUUGCGAGACGUCGGAAAAUACGUUGGCUGGGCACUUUUCGGCAUUGGUCUGUUGGCACUUAUUGUUGCACUUUAUUUCAGCAUGUUUGUAUGGAAAGAUUGAUCUACAAAUAUAGUUUUUGCA